AUGGUAUUCCCAGCUCACUUUCAGGAGGUUGUGGUACCGGGUGUCCAAAACUGUGGGCGGCAGGCCAUCCUUCCUGGGCCCCGUUCUCUUCGUGGCGGGUGUUUUCACCGUCUUCCGCGGCAUACCACUUGGUGUCAUGUAUAUGCUGGACGACAAGGACAGAGUGGCAAUGCUGAGCCCACCUCCCGUGAAGCGCCAUUGAAAUAA